AUGGGAGGCUUCGGAGUGACUCACAGUUGGUGCUGGGCCUUCAUCAUUCUUUUUUGGAUGUCUGGCUUAGAUACAGUAUAUGGCAACUUAAUCCGUAAAAACGUCGAUACAUUGACCCCUGAUGAAAUUCUCAAUCUGCAAAUUGCCCUGCGUAAUAUGCAGGAUGAUGAUGGAGCCACAGGCUAUCAGGCCAUCUCAGCCUACCACGGGGAACCAGCUGACUGUAAAGCUGCUGAUGGUUCGGAAAUUGUGUGCUGUCUUCACGGUAUGCCUACAUUCCCGAUGUGGCAUAGGCUCUAUAUGGUACAGUUUGAGCAAGCAAUUACUGCACAUGGUGCCACUCUUGGUAUUCCCUACUGGGAUUGGACAAAACCUAUGUCUCACCUUCCUGAGUUAGUGCAGCAUCCAUUGUUUAUCGACCCCAGUGGCCAGAAAGCCAAGAAGAAUGUCUUCUACUCCGGCGAGAUCAAAUUUGAAAAUAGAGUCACAGCUAGAGCAGUCGAUGCCAGACUUUAUGAAGCUUCCAAAGAAGGCCAAAAGAACUUUCUUCUGGAGGGUGUCCUAAAUGCUCUGGAACACGAGGAUUACUGUCAUUUUGAAGUGCAGCUGGAAGUAGCCCACAAUCCUAUCCACUAUUUAGUUGGAGGCAGAUUUACUCAUUCCAUGUCCAGUCUUGAGUAUACAUCUUAUGAUCCACUUUUCUUUUUGCAUCAUUCCAAUGUUGAACGACAGUUUGCCUUGUGGCAAGCCUUGCAAAAACACCGUGGACUAUCGACAAGACCAAACUGCGGCUUGAAUUUGUUCCAUAGUCCGAUGGAACCUUUUGGACGUGACAGCAAUCCAUUCCCCCUCACGAAGGACAAUGCCAAACCCAGCAGCUUAUUUGAAUACGAUCAUUUGGGAUAUGAAUAUGACGAUCUUACCUUGAAUGGAAUGUCGAUAGAGGAACUUGAAACUUUAUUGAAAGAGCGCAAGUCCAAAGCAAGAGCAUACGCCAAUUUUAGAUUGGGUGGAAUCAAGACGUCUGCAAAUGUCAGAAUCAAAUUGUGUAUUCCUACGAAAGACAAAAGACAAAGCGAUAACUGUGAUAAUGAUGCAGGACAGUUCUUUAUUCUUGGUGGAGUUCACGAGAUGCCUUGGGAUUUUGCUUAUCCUUACCUUCAUGAAAUCACUGACACAGUCAACUCAUUGGGACUAAAGCUCGAUAGCAACUACUAUGUAACUGCUGAAGUAACUGCUAUCAAUGGUACUCUGAUGCCCAGCGAAGUGAUUCCAUAUCCGACCGUUACUUACGUCCCACCACGUGGAUUCGAAGACAUCGAUAUGGUAAAUAUGGACACAAGUCACCUGCAAUUCCGUAAAGACGUCAACACCCUGACAACAGAAGAGGAAUAUGAAUUAAGAGUUGCAAUGGAACGUUUCAUGUCUGAUAAAUCAAUCAAUGGCUAUCAAGCGUUGGCUGAAUUUCACGGACUCCCGGCAAAGUGUCCUCGCCCCGACGCCCUGAAUAGAGUAGCCUGUUGCAUUCAUGGUAUGGCCACCUUCCCUCAUUGGCAUCGACUUGUAGUCAUGCAGUUCGAAGAUGCCCUCGUUGCCCGUGGAUCUCCUAUUGGUGUUCCGUACUGGGACUGGACCAAGCCUUUCACUGCACUGCCGAAACUUUUGGCUGAAGAAACAUACGUCGACCCGUACACAACGGAGUCAAAACCAAAUCCUUUCUACCAGGCUACCAUUGAAUUCCUGAAAGCUGAUGUUCACACCUCACGUCAAAUUGACGACAGAUUAUUCAAACAACCAAGCAAAGGCGACCAUGGUUUCCUCUUCGAUGGACUUUUAUUGGCAUUCGAACAAGAUGAUUUCUGUGAUUUUGAAGUGCAGUUUGAAGUAACUCACAACGCGAUCCAUGCAUGGACAGGCGGCAGUGAACCGUACUCGAUGUCCUCUUUGCAUUACACGUCAUUUGACCCAAUGUUCUGGUUGCACCAUUCGCAAGUAGACAGACUCUGGGCUAUUUGGCAAGCUCUUCAAAUCCAAAGAGGAAAGCCUUACAAAACUUAUUGUGCUAAUUCUGAAGUUUAUCGUCCCAUGAAACCAUUUGCUUUCGAGGCACCCUUAAAUAACAACGAACACACCAGAGAACACUCUGUACCCACUGAUGUCUACGAUUACCAAGCCGAUCUGCAUUAUACUUACGACACCUUGUUUUUCGGUGGUAUGUCUAUUCGAGAACUGCAACGACACGUCGAAGAAGCCAAAUCAAAAGAUCGUGUGUUUGCCGGUUUCCUUCUUAUGGGAAUCCACACUUCUGCUAAUGUGGAUCUCUAUGUCGUGGCUGGAGGAAAUGAAUUCUCAGUCGGUUCCAUUGCAAUUCUUGGAGGCAGCAAGGAGAUGAGCUGGAGAUUCGACAGGGUUUAUAAACAUGAAAUCACACAUGCUUUAGAAGCUCUUGGCGUGGAUAAGUUUGCUGAAUAUACUCUACGCGUAGAUAUCAAGGACGUCAACGGUACAGCUUUGCCACCGACCACAAUCCCUGCACCGAUCGUAAUUUUUGUACCCGGACACGGUGAUUUUGAUGUCAAAUUCGAUGAACAACAUCGUUCCCGAAAAAAUGCGGAUAGUAUGACCAAGUCUGAAAUGGACGAUCUUCGAAAGGCCAUGGCUGCCUUCGCUGCAGAUAAAGCAGUUACCGGUCACCAACAAGUCGCCGCUUUCCAUGGAUCAACAAAAUGGUGCCCUAGUCCAGAUGCUGCCCAAAAGUAUGCUUGUUGUCAUCACGGCAUGGCAACUUUCCCACACUGGCAUAGAUUGAUUACUUUGAACUUCGAAAACGGUUUGAGACGAAACGGCUACACUGGUGGUAUUCCUUACUGGGAUUGGACCCGCCCCAUUGAAGCCCUUCCUGCCCUUGUAUUGGAAGAACAAUACACAGAUAGCCAUGGAGAGAGUCAUCCCAAUCCGUUCUAUAGCGGCGCUAUUGAUGAAGCUGGUGCUGCUACAAGUCGGGCACCGUCUGAAAAUCUUUAUGAAAACCUGAAUUUGGAAAGUAUACCCAACUGGCUAAUGAGAUCAUUUAUGCUCUUGAAAAAGGAAGACUUCUGUGACUUUGAAGUUCAAUUUGAGGUAGCCCACAACCACAUCCAUGCUUUGGUCGGCGGUACAGAAGCUUUCUCUAUGUCUUCAUUAGAGUACAGUGCAUUUGAUCCAAUCUUCAUGCUCCAUCACAGUAAUGUGGACAGAAUCUGGGCUACUUGGCAGGCGUUGCAGAAAUUCGAGGAAAACCCUACAAUUCGGCCAAUUGUGCCAUCGAAUUGCUUCGUAAACCAAUGUCUCCGUUUAGUCUCGCAAGUGAUAUCAACCCAGAUGCAAUGA